AUGACGUCAGCGGGCCGCCUUCUCAUUGCUAAACAGCCCUCAAAGGUUUCCGUACUACAACACGCGUAUUUGUGGCUUGCGUCAUACAACUCAGUCAUGGUGAAAGAAACUAUUUUUUAUGACAUAUUGGGAGUAAAUCCCACUGCAACUCCAGAUGAGCUGAAAAAGGCGUACCGCAAACUGGCUUUGAAAUACCAUCCGGACAAAAACCCCACCGAGGGAGAGAAGUUCAAGCAGAUUUCACAGGCGUAUGAAGUGUUGUCAGAUGCUAAAAAAAGAGACUUGUAUGACCGAGGAGGUGAAAAGGCGAUCAAAGAAGGUGGCACUGGGGGAGGUGGGAACUUCGCAUCUCCCAUGGACAUUUUUGAUAUGUUCUUUGGAGGAGGCAGCCGAAUGCACAGAGAACGAAAAGGAAAAAAUAUUGUCCAUCAAAUAAGUGUAUCCUUGGAGGACCUUUACAACGGUGCAACAAGAAAACUGGCUGUCCAGAAGAAUAUGCUGUGUGAAAAGUGUGAAGGUCGUGGGAGCCGCAAAGGAGCAGCACAGACAUGUAUGUCAUGUCAGGGUACAGGCAUGCAAGUUCGUGUCCACCAGCUUCUGCCCGGUAUGGUCCAGCAGGUCUCCACUAUGUGUCCCCACUGUGAGGGCCGUGGCCAAAGAAUCAGUCAUAAGGAUCGCUGUAAAGCAUGUGCGGGUCGGAAGAUAGUGCGACAGAAGAAGAUCCUGGAGGUUCAUAUUGACAAAGGAAUGAGAGAUGGACAAAAAGUAGUAUUCCAUGGAGAAGGCGACCAAGAACCUGGUAUUGAGCCUGGUGAUAUCAUCUUUGUUCUGGACCAGCAGGAGCAUUCUCGAUUCACCAGAAAGGGACAGGACCUGGUAAUGUCCAUGGAGCUGCAGCUGGUGGAGGCUUUAUGUGGUUUUCAGAAACCUGUUCAAACACUUGACGAUAGAACACUUCUGAUCACCACUCAUCCAGGAGAGCUGAUUAAACCUGGGGACACAAAAUGCGUCGUGAAUGAAGGCAUGCCUCUCCACCGUAGACCUUUUGAAAAGGGACGUCUUAUUAUCAGCUUUUCGGUUGUGUUUCCUCCAGCAAAUUUCCUCCCGCAACAAAAACUGAAGGAGCUGGAACGUUACUUUCCUGCAAAGACGGAGGUGGAGGAGCCUGAGAGCAUGGAUGACGACUUGUACAUUUACGCUGACUUGGAGGAGUGCGACUUUGAGAACAGAAGAAGACGUGGAAGUCAUUACUACUAUGUGGAUGAUGACGACUAUGCAAGUGCUGGAGGGGUUCAGUGUCACACUUCUUAA